GUACUGCAUAUGCUAUGGAUCUACUAGAUUAUGUUCCAAAGGGUGGACUGCUAGAAAGUACAACUGUGGGGGAUAUGGCUCACAAACCUGCAUUUUUUGUGCCUGAUUCAAUGUUAGUCUGGAAUCUUCUUAGAGAGUUCCGCAUUAGGAAGGUUCACAUGGCUGUUGUUCUUAAUGAAUAUGGUGGAACAGUUGGAAUAGUCACCUUAGAAGAUGUGGUUGAGGAGAUUGUUGGUGAAAUUUUCGAUGAAAAUGAUUCAAACGAGGACAUCCAGAAGAAAACUGGCCAUUAUGAUGCGAGCAGAGGGAAUCUUUGAUGUUGACGCUAAUACAUCUAUUGAUCAACUCUCUGAAGAUCUAAAUAUCAAAAUGCCCGAAGAACAUCAAUAUCAGACAGUGUUCGGUUUUGUCUGCGAAGCAUUUGGAUAUAUACCAAGGACAGGUGAGAGUAUUAAGGUAGUCCUUGAAAAGGAAAAUGAAGAAGAAGAUGAUGAGAAUUCUGAAGAUGGAUCUGAUCAACAAGGUCUGAAGGAAAGGCAUCAAAUUUUUAAACUUGAGAUAUUAGCAGGAAAUGCCCGAAAAGUUAGUGCCAUUGGAUUUGAGCGGAUAAACAUUGAAGAAGAACUAUUACAUGCCACAGCAG